AUGUCACCUCUCGGAUCGGUGGCCCUGGCCAAUGGGUCUUCGUCGUCCCCAAAGAAGGUCGCAUAUUUCUACGACUCCGACAUUGGCAACUAUGCCUACGUUACCGGUCACCCCAUGAAACCGCACCGUAUUCGUCUUGCCCACAGUCUGAUCAUGCACUACGACCUGUUCAAGAACAUGGAGAUCUACCGCGCAAAGCCUGCGACUAGGGGUGAAAUGACCCAGUUCCACACGGACGAGUACAUCGACUUCCUGCAAAAGGUCACACCCGACAACAUGGACGCCUAUCAGAAGGAGCAGGGCAAAUACAACGUCGGAGACGACUGUCCCGUCUUUGACGGCCUCUUCGAGUUCUGUGGCAUCAGCGCCGGUGGCAGCAUGGAGGGCGCCGCCCGCCUCAACCGCCAAAAGUGCGACAUCGCCGUCAACUGGGCUGGUGGCCUUCACCACGCCAAGAAGAGCGAAGCCAGUGGCUUCUGUUACGUCAAUGACAUUGUCCUCGGUAUCCUCGAACUCCUUCGAUUCAAGAAGCGCGUCCUCUACAUCGAUAUCGAUGUCCACCACGGAGAUGGUGUCGAGGAGGCCUUCUAUACGACCGACCGUGUCAUGACCGUCUCCUUCCACAAGUACGGCGAAUACUUCCCUGGUACUGGUGAGCUGCGCGACAUCGGCAUCGGUACCGGCAAGUACUACGCUGUCAACUUCCCCCUCCGCGAUGGCAUCGACGACAACUCGUACAAGUCUAUUUUCGAACCCGUUAUCGAACACGUCAUGAAGUUCUACCAGCCCGAGGCUGUUGUUCUCCAAUGCGGCGGUGACAGUCUCAGCGGAGACCGUUUGGGUUGCUUCAACCUCAGCAUGGAAGGCCAUGCCAACUGCGUCGGAUACGUCAAGAGCUUCGGUUUACCCACCCUUGUUCUUGGCGGUGGUGGCUACACCAUGCGUAACGUCGCCCGUACUUGGGCAUAUGAGACUGGUGUUCUUGUCGGCAAGCACCUGCCCAGGACGCUGCCUUACAAUGAAUACUACGAAUACUAUGCGCCCGAUUUCGAGUUGAACGUCCGACCCUCCAACAUGGAGAAUUCCAACAGCUUCGAAUAUCUCGAAAAGAUCAAGGCUGCCGUCAUCGACAACCUGCGACACACACAACCCGUUCCCUCCGUCCAAAUGCAGGAUGUGCCCCGCCAACCACUACCUGGUGGCAUGACGGACGAAGAGGAGGCCGAGUUGAACGACUUGGACGACGACGAGCACCCCGACGAGCGCAUGACGCAACGCCGCUGGGAACAGCGCACGAACAACGAGGCCGAUUUCGAAGACAGCGACGACGAAGAUAUGGAGCAGGCAAACGGCAUCACCCGCCCUCGUAACGCGAAGAAGCGCACGUUCCGCGACUUCAAACAAAAGGAGGCCGAAGCCAACAGCAGCGCUGCGUCGCCCGUCAACGGAGCCGCCGACGAGGAAGCCCCCAAUGCUGAGCCGAUUGUCGACGCCGACAUUACCCUCGAGAACCCCGUCGACCCAGAGGAGUCAUCAGAGAAGGCUGCCGAAAAGGAGGCUGCCCCUGAAGCCCCCAAGGAGAUCGUCGACGGCGAUGGAGAUGUCGGCAUGGAGGAUAGCGUCGAUGCUGACGAGCCCACGACCACCAUCAAGAAGGAGGAGACCGAGGCGGAGCCCGCCAAGGUGGCCGAAAAGGAGGAUAAGGAAGAUAAACCUGCAUCCCGCAAACCAUCUGCCGAGCCAGCUGAGCCUGCCGCAACAGAGACGACUGACAAGGCAGAGGCUGCGGAAUCCACGGAAGCUACUAAGGAACCUGCAAAGGAGGCCGAGAAAGAAGCCAGUAAAGAGCCCGAAGCCGCAGAGCCAGAGAAGGCCGAAGCCAAGGAACCUACUGCGGAAGAGCCGGCUGCCGAGGAGAAGGAGUCUGCCGAGAAGGACAAGGAGACCACCGAGAAGCCAGAAGACAAGGCGCCGGAACCCGAAGAAGACAAGAUGGAUGUGGACGAGAAAACCGAAGACAAGCCAGCGGACAAGGAGUAG